AUGCAGAGAUAUUUUUAAAUUAAAUACUCCGUUAUAUACUAAUGGAUUUGUUAAUAUUAUCCAGUUUUUAAGUUGGAAGAUAAUUGUGUUUACGAUGAUUAAAUUUUCUGGUUUAUUAUAUAUGAAUUGUUACAUAUCGAUACAUCUCCAAAAAUAAUAGGAUCUAGUGUAUAUGAAGCUUUUAAGUUUAAUUCUGGUAUAUAUAGAUUUUAUAAAUCAUUAUAUACAUACUCUAAUUCAAUUUAUACAGUUGGGUAUUAAAUUACUAUUGUAACUUUUAAUGAUUUUUCCCUUAAUUGUAAAAUUUGGUUUUGA